AUGGCAUGCCGUAAUGCUUGCCGUGUGCCGCCUUCUAAGGUCGCACCAUCUGGGUUCGACUCUUGUCUAAGUAAUGAGCAUAAGAACUUAGCAAAAUCAGGUUUCCCUGAUGAAUUUGACUUCACCAUUAUGCAAGCUCUGCUUAGGCUUCAUACCGAAGUUGUAUCAGCAGGUUUCUUGGUUUCUGUUCUGGAUUUCGAAGAGUCUGUCUACAAUGACAAGCUAUUUCUUGCGAGUCCAAGAGUUAUGCAGUCUCGAUCCAGUCUCUUCACUCCGAACAUCAUCUUGCCUCAAGACAGUCGUCCAAGAACCAAGCGAGAAGUAUCCUCACACGAUGAAUUUUCGACCAGCUCGAGCUCACUUGCAUACACAUUGGGACUUCCUUGCCUGAGAACACUUGCUUCUGGACUGGACUUGCUCUUCUCAUCUUGGCCCCAACCCUCCAACACCCACAUGCUUUGGAAGCCGUAUCGGCUCCUAGUUGGCUUUCAACUUCAUUCGACCGUCUCCUUGUCUCCGACUUGA